AUGACUGAUAUGACACAACCGGUGAAACAAUUGAAAACAUCACUCGAGACCACAGAUGACGGCAAUGAAGACAACAGACAACAGAUACAAAUCUAUGCAAAAGACUCAAUGGACAGAUUUGGUGAUGAUUUGUGUGCACUUAUAUUGACUUAUCUCACAUUUGAAGGUCGGUUUCAAUGCGAAUGUGUGUCCAAACAGUUCCAGAGGACAAAUUUGCAUACAAUUGAAUUGAAUGACUACUCUAACACUCAUAACCGACUGUUGGCCGCAUUCGCCGCACAGAAUCAGUGCAUUAGAUGUGUUGUCAUCAAAUCACUUGAUGAUCCGUUUAAUAAUAACCUGGUUGAAUUUGGUCAACAAUUGUCACGAUUAACACAAUUACGGGAAUUGACACUCAAUUUAAGAUGGUAUCGGGAACUCAUUGUCUGA